UAAGUGUUAUUUAAUCCGAUUGGAUUGAAUUGUCUAGGGGAUGAGUUGUCAAGGGGAUGAAUCGUCUAGGGGAUGAGUUGUCAGGAAUGAGUUGUCUGGUAACCCUCUGUUGUGGUCUGCAUGUCUUAUUUGCCUUGUUUUUAGUACCACACCAUUUAGCUCUCACAUUGACAGUGUUCCAUAUUUGUUUUCAAAUACUGCCAAGAAAAUCAUACCCUUAUCGGAUUUACUUCAAAUUAUAUAGAUGUUAGAUAGAAUCAAGUUAUUAGAACUUAUUAAUAUUUAAUUCAAGUGCCAAUAGACAUGCUUUGUCCACACUCUAGUAUUACUUUCAACACAGAUGCUAAUGUAAAUAGUUGAAAUAUUUGAAUUACAAUUGAUAUAGCAAAUAAAUUGAUCAAUUAUGGAUCAUUUUGGUGAACAUACUGUUCAAUCACAAAAUAGAUCUUCCAUCACUUUUAAUGGUUUUAUCAGCUUUAAAAUAAUCAACUAAUGGACCCUAGAGUUUUCUACAAGAUUCUUAUUUGUGAAUAGCUUUUACAGAAUAUUGAUUGUACUCGUAUGGUGAACUUGAAAUCUAUCAUGGCUUAAAAAUAUUGCAUUGAAUUUGUAUUUUUGCAUGAUUCAAGAUGCCGCGGAUUUUAUCAUAUUUUUUUAUACUAAGUUUAUUUUCAUUUCCUUUAUAUGUUAUACUUUUAUUAAGAAUUCAAAAUGAGAAAACAAAAACAUUAGUAAGACCUCUAAGUUCAAAGCAUGACAAUGAUAGCUUCAGUAGAGCUUUGCUAGAAAUGGAUGAAAAAAAUAUAAAUGUAGGAAGGUGGAGCAUUAACAGUAGAAAUUUCAGUACAACGGAUAGAAUUUUGCCUAAACAGGACUUUAGUACACCUAUUCCUUGUCAUGAGGAAUACUUUAGUACACCUAUUCCUUGUCAUGAGCUGACAAGAAACCUGCCUAAGACUGUUCUGAAACCAGAACAUUUGCAGGCGCAAGAAUUCUUUGAUUUAUCAUACAACAAUGAUGUAUACUUAGACGCAUUUCGCUACAUCCAUCCUGCCAAGGAUUUGUGCAAAGGAAAAAAUGAUUCUGAGAAAUUGAUUGUGCUUCUCGUAAUAUCAGACACAUUAGUAAGUGGACAUUUAUUUCGAGAUGCAAUAAGAGCCACAUGGGGCAGACACUUAAAAAAAUACAAUCGUUGGUGCAUUAGACUCGGAUUUAUUAUUGGAAAUUCAACUAAUAGCAGCAGAAUGAUUGACAUUUCACUGGAAAGCCAUCGCUACGGUGAUAUCAUUCAAGGAAGUUUUGGUGAUGGCUAUAACCAUUUUACUGACAAAACAAUGACAGCAUUUCGAUGGGCCCAACAAUUUUGCUCAAAUGCUUCUUUAAUCAUGCGAGUAACUCACGAUACAGUGGUCAACAUCCCUCUACUCACAAAAUGGGCAGAGUUAUUUGAUACCCAGCGAAAAACUCGACUUUAUUUUGGGGAUACUCAAAGUAUGGCAGAACAAUAUAAAGAAGGAAAAUAUCAGUUUAGAAGUCCAGUGAAAUGGCCUACUAACAAAUAUCCACCUUUUAAUACAGGGACAGGGUAUGCCAUUUCCAUGGAUUUAGCUGUUGAGCUGAAUGCUUUAUUCUGUAGAACACCAAUUGCCUUUCCAGAUGAUAUCUAUAUUGGUGCAUUGGUGGAUUCCCUAGGUGCAACUGCACAAAGUACAUACCACUUCCAGCAAACUCAUUCACUCGGGGUCUCUGAUUUUUACAGAAUAACUAAGAAAAAUGUGAUUGUUCAUUUUGUAAAUUGGGAUUCAAAGUUAGUG